CACAGUAUUAUGUUUAGGUCUGCAUUCAUUAUUGAAUAGAAAAUUAACCUAUAAAAAAUGGAAGAGGAAAUAAAUCCUAGACAAUCGCACAAUAUUAAUGAUCUGUUUAAUCAAAGAAAAUAUCUGAAAGUAUGUGCCCCAAUGGUCAGAUAUAGUAAAUUACAAUUCCGAACAUUGGUCAGACAAUAUGGAUGUGAUUUAUGUUUUACCCCCAUGAUUCUCGCUGAUUCCUUCUGCAAAAGCUCGCAUGCACGUCAAAAUGAGUUUACAACAAAUGCAGAUGAUGGUCCAUUGAUUGUUCAAUUUGCUGCAAACACGGUUCACGAAUUUGUUGGAGCUGCAUACAUGGUCGCACCUUUCUGUGAUGGAAUUGAUUUGAACUGUGGAUGCCCACAGAGAUGGGCAAAACAGAUGGGAUUGGGAUGUGCUAUGCUAGAUGAUCCAGAAGUCAUUAGCAAUAUAAUAAAGGAGUGCAGGAAUACCAUUCCCAAGCAGUUUUCUGUAUCUGUUAAGAUGAGAAUAUUGAAUGAUGAUAAGAAAACCGUGGAUCUGUGUCGACAGUUCGAGCAUGCCGGAGCGAGUUUCUUGAGCGUUCACGCGAGAACGGCAAGUCAAUCGACGGGAGACAUAAACAGGAACGUUCUGAAACUGAUCCAAGAAAGCGUGCGAUGUCCGAUCGUUGCGAACGGCGGACUGACGAGUUUAAACGAAUGCGACGAAUUGGCUUUAGAAACUGGAUGCAAAGGUGUUAUGGUUGCAAAUUCUUUAUUGACAAAUCCCAUGUUGUUUACGGGUGCGAGCAAACCAACAUUGAACUGCGUCCAAAAGUGGAUCAACAUCUGCUACAACAGCACCGUUCCAAUGAGUAGUUACUCGGAGGUGACCGAGCCGAAAAUCUCUUCCAGACCUUUGAACCUGAAUUUCCACUGCUUCCAUCAUCAUUUGGUGUUCAUGCUAGAGAAGAUCCUGCCGAAGUACAAGCGCCGAGUAUUUAACAAGUUGAAGGAAUUCGACGAUGUCCUUGCUUUUCUGGAGGCCGAGUUACUGCUGAAGCCGCAGCUGUACGACGUGGAUACAUUUAGGAACAGUUAUAAUUUGACAUUGGAUUAUAAGGACACGAUUUCGGUAUAUACGAGGCUCAGAGAUAGGAACGCUUGUAACGAGGCGUUCGUUGAUGAAAGUAACGAAUACAAUAGUGAAGCGACCGAUGGCAGUUAUUUUAAUAAGAAGUUGGAGCAAGUUAACGAAGACGACGUCGAGGAAGUUUACGACUGGGAUAGUUUAUACAAGUGAUCUUAUAAUUUCAGAACUUUGCGGAUUGAAGCUAUUAUACGUUCGCCGCGAUGAAUAAUUGUGAAAAAUCAAAACAUACAAACAA